CCAAACGGACCAACAGCGUUGCCCUCUCUCUUUAAGAGACGCCGCUGGUCUGCUCCUCACUAGCACACUUCUUGAAGGGAAGACGUAGUGAAAUAUGGCAAGAACCAAGCAGACCGCCCGUAAGUCCACCGGGGGUAAAGCCCCCAGGAAGCAACUGGCCACCAAGGCUGCCCGUAAGAGCGCCCCUGCUACCGGCGGCGUCAAGAAGCCUCACCGUUACAGGCCCGGGACGGUGGCUCUCAGGGAGAUCCGUCGCUACCAAAAGUCCACCGAGCUGCUCAUCCGCAAGCUGCCCUUCCAGCGUCUGGUCAGGGAGAUCGCUCAGGACUUCAAGACCGACCUGCGCUUCCAGAGCUCCGCCGUCAUGGCUCUACAGGAAUCGAGCGAGGCUUACCUGGUCGGUCUGUUCGAGGACACCAACCUGUGCGCCAUCCACGCCAAGAGAGUCACCAUCAUGCCCAAAGACAUCCAGUUGGCCCGUCGUAUCCGCGGAGAGAGAGCUUAAACUUUCGACUUUCUUUUAAACUAUAACGGCUCUUUUAAGAGCCACCACCCCAUACUAAAGUCUCAAUUCCUGUUGUUGGAGCAUAAACGAACGACUAUAAGUAUAAAACUUAUUGAUAUUAAAAACAAAAAAAGAGUAGGUUAGUGCGCGAGAGCGAGGUCAACAUUUUUUUUGCUCUGUCGCAAGUACUUCCGGGUUAUAUCACCACGCAACUACUUCUGGGUCAAGCAAUUUAAAUAUAUACAGUGCACAAUAAAUUCACAUAUUUCACUAUAAUUCGCUAAAAGCGUAUUUAGGCACCUACAUCUAUGAUAUGGCAGAAAUAUGAAUCACGUCAAUAAAAACCUGAUCAGCAGUAUUCAACGAUCUUAUUCCUUCUUUAAUUUGCUGUUUUCCUUCCUUUCACUGUUAACGCUUACAAACAAAAUACAAAAUAUUCCAUCCAAUCAUUACCAUUCCACUAUUCCAACCAUUACUAGCCUACUCCGCUGUGAUCUAUUUAUUCUCCACACUAUUAUUAAUUAUUAUACGGGAGCCAGGC